UAGUAGUAUUAUAAGAGUAAAAAAAGCAUAAAAAGAUUUUUUAAAAGGAAUGUGGGACCCAACAAUUUAGCCAACUGAGAAAAAUAGUGUGUGGACAGAGUGUGAAGCUGAAGAAGGCUUCAUUCACCAAUCUCAUCUAUUAUCUCCAUACAAAGUCAUAAUAAUAUUAACAGAAGAAGAAGAAGAAGAAGAUGAUGAACUCAGUCACUGUUCCAAGGAUGAUGCCCACUACCCUUUUCCAUGGAAGAACCACCAUAUUAUGUCAAAGGGGGGCAGUUUCUUUAAUGGGUAUUUCUCCUCUUCCACUCAUACUCCUCCAAAACAAGCUCACACCUUUUGUUAAAGGAAAACUAAUAACACAGAGCUUGUAUAGAGACAAAGAAUCAUCUUUUCAGGGAAGAGGGUACAAAAGCAUAUCGAAAAGAGUAGUGUUUACCAUUCCCAAAUGUUCUUCAAACUCCAACAACAAUCAAAAUGACUCCUCUAAUAAGGCAAAGACACCUUUCGGAUACUCUAGAAAAGAUGUUCUAUUGAUUGGGGUUGGAGUAACUGCUCUUGGCAUUGGCUUGAAAAGCGGUUUAGAGUUUGUUGGAGUUGAUCCUUUACAGGCAGGAAAUGUAGUUCAGUUGGUUCUGGUUUUAGGACUUACUAUUGGAUGGAUUUCGACGUAUAUUUUUCGAGUUUCGAAUAAGGAAAUGACUUAUGCUCAACAAUUACGCGAUUACGAAAGUAAAGUCAUGGAGAAGCGAUUACAGGGUCUGACUGAAGCAGAACUCGAGGCAUUGCUCGAACAAGUUGAGGAAGAGAAACGCCUAGCUAGCGGUGAACAAAGUUAAAUUUCUCUAGUCAUUUUUAUACAACACAUCGAGACCAUUAUCGGUCUUUGAAGCUUUAGUACCACUGUAUAGAGUACUGACUGAACAAAAAAAAGAUGACUAGAAUAAUGUAACAUAAUUUCUGGUAUAUUCUUUACAAAUGCAAAUAACUGAAAAGGGUCAGAGAUAAUAUAUUAAAGUCACAAGUUUUAAAA